GCGUUUCCUCUCCCCCCUCUGGCCUCCCCGUCUCCCUGCUCCCUGUCACUCCGUCCUUCCUCCCUCCCGGACUGCACUGGCCUGGACCCUGUACCCAUCAGCCCCUUUAACUCUCCUCUCUUCACCAUCCCGUCUCAGCCUCCGCAGAACUGCCUAUUGCAGAGAAGAAAAAGAAGGAAACCAUUGUUUAUAUCUACAAAUGCCUUUAAAAGAGAACAAGGCUUAGGUAGAACUGUACUGAACAGACUGAUCUCUCCUCAGUCUUCUGGAAGUGUGACAGCACCUGGUCACAUGACCUGGAAGGGAAAAGUUAGGAGACCUUUUGGAUCCCUUUCUGGUUAGAUUGUAAUUAUAUUUAUUUAUCUGUUUGACUCAUGGGACUGUGUUCAUGAAUGUGUGUGUGUGUGUGUGUGUGUUUAAGAGUGUGUUUAAGAGUGUGUUUAGGUGUGUUAUAGUGCUUUAUGCCAAAUAUACAGUAAUAUAAUGUUAAUAGAAAAUAUAGAGUUAGUACUGUUCAAUAGACUUGAACACAGUGAUGAAGGGCUAAAAUCCAAUAUCUCUCAAUAACUUGACAAUGAAACUAUUAGGGUUAAGCAAUGCAUAAUAUAAUGAGGUCCAAUCAAUAAUAAGAAUGAUGUGGGACAAACUGUUAAAAGUUACAUUUCCAUUCACACCAAAAACGCUAUUACUAUAAGAAUUUAUAAUUUUCUGUGCUUUUGUGUAAUUUGUAAUAUGGACAAUGUGUCCAUGUGGGGGGGGUUGAAGUAGGCUGACAAAGAUCAGCCCUAAUGAAGCUCCAAAUGAAGCCCUAUAUGGUUUGUUUCACUCUGUAUAAUCACUUGACACUGUCACUGAUGGGCUGCAUGAAAAAUCAGCUCCGGUAUUUUUCCUAUGACCGUUGUUGUGCUUGGUUUUACACACACAAACACACACACACACACACACAAAUCCACCUUAUGACAUUUGUUAACAGCAAAUAAUCUGAAGUGGAUUACAAAAUGAAAAACCUUUUAUUGGUGUCCUUUAAUUUUUGAAAGAAUGAAGGGUUAGCCCUGGCAGGACAUUUACCAUCCCAUUCACUGAAGACAUUUAGGUUUGAGAUCAAAAGAUAAAUAUGUGACAAUAGAUCAGAAUUUCAGCUUUCAUUCCCUGAUAUUAUAUUAUGUAUGGCUUUUUCUUCACAGUUCUCACAAGCUUUCUGUCACCAACUGCUGUUGUUUUCCUUGGACGACCUGUUCGAUGUCUGGCUGUUAGUUCAUCAGUGGUUUCUUUCUUUUUUAGGACAUUGUUGUUGUAUUGCCUGUCCCCAAUGCUUUUGCAAUGACUAUGAUAGAUUUUCCCUUUUUUCUCAGCUUCAUAAUGGCUUGCAUUUCUCCCAUAGACAGCUGCAAAUGCACGGGUCUUCACGGGUGAAAACUAUGGCUCAAACUGAGAGUAGACAUUCAAAGCUAUUAAUUAUUUAAACAACAAAAGAUGCCAUGUUCUAAGCUGUUUAAAAUAUCUAGGUGUAAAAAUCAGGAAAUAAAAGCUAAAGUUCUUAUCCCAUUUCAUUCAUCUUUUGAUCUUAAACCCAAAUGUCUUCAGUGUAUAGCAAAAACAAAAUAAUUGGCCUUGCCGCUCCAAUACUUUCAGAGUUGACUGUAGACCAUCCACCCCUGCUUAGUCACAUAUAAAGAAAUUCUAUAAAGGAAAUAUGGCUUCAAAAAUAAUGAAAUGAAAAGUAACUGAAUGAAAAGUAUCAUACCAAACAACCAGUAAAAAUAAGCCAAUUCAUAAUAGGACUUAAAACUGCAUGAAUUCUCUAGGGUACAUGGUCAUGCAACUUUGUAAAUAAAUUGGCCGGUAGGCUUUCAGGCUUCUUGAUGAACGGGUUAGUUUGUGUAUCUCUGCAGGUAAAAUCCCCAACAGCCUUAAUGAUGUUUUAUUAGCCCUAUGGUGCAUUGCUUAUUAAAUAAAUGUUUUUUUUCAGUGAUGAUGUGGUACUGUGCAAAAGUUUUAACCCUAACCCUUGGCACCCUAUGUUUUUUAGUACAAACUUUGUUAUAGAUUUUUCUAAGGCUUCUACAUUAUCAAGUCAAUACAAGAAAAAAAAAUAGAUUCUUAGUUUUCUAGCACAAAAUUAAGUGUUACAGAAAAAAUGUUUGUAUGGCAUUAAAGAAAGCAGCAUAUUACGUAAGAGACACUUUACAGACAAAAUACACCAUUAAGGCUGCUGGGUUUUGCUGCAAAAAUAAGAAGCGACGGUCAAAGUCUCCAGAAGAACUGUGUCUGGUUCUGCAAGAUGCUCAAUGAAACUUACAGCUCAUUUCCUUAUAAAACUGCACUAAUUGUACUAGAGAGUACUAUUUUUUUUUUUGUCACACCAAAUACUGACUUUGUUUCAUUUACUACUGUCUACUGCUCUUUACAGUAUUUUUUAUUUUAUUUUUUUUUAAUGUAGAAACAUUUCAUUUCAUUAUUUUGAAAGCAUCUUUGCUCUACAGCAUUUAUUUGUAUGUGCCUAAAACUUUUGCACAGUUGGGUCAUGAAGCCCCUUUGGCUGUGGUGAGGCUAUGGCAUGGCUAGUGUGCUUCGUAUGAUGGCCAAGUAUGACUGGAAAUCUAGGACUAACCUAUGAAUCUCUGCUAGUGAGUUGGUGUGAUUUCUUUUUGCAGAAUGGGCUGGUUAUCAACCUGGAAAGAAAUCUAAAGGCUGAUGUGCUGAUCCACACUGCGACACAGCUGUGCUCUCUGUAGGCCCGAUCGGACCAUUUAUGACUUGACAGCCCCGACCCUGCACUUACUCUGGUGACUGGUUGGCUGUCAUUACCAUCUCUCUCUUCCUACUCCUGGGGAUUUCCUGUCACGUGACCAUAAAUCAACUUCUCCUCCAAUCCCACCAUGGAAUCCAGCAAAGUGCAGUCUGAAGGGGGCCUCAAUGUUACCCUCACCAUCCGCCUCCUCAUGCAUGGCAAAGAAGUUGGAAGCAUCAUUGGAAAGAAAGGAGAAACUGUGAAGAAAAUGCGUGAGGAGAGUGCUGCUCGCAUCAACAUCUCAGAGGGGAACUGUCCAGAGCGAAUCGUCACCAUCACAGGACCCACGGAUGCCAUCUUUAAGGCUUUCGCCAUGAUUGCCUACAAAUUUGAAGAGGAUAUAAUCAACUCCAUGAGCAACAGCCCGGCCACCAGCAAGCCCCCGGUCACUUUGCGGCUGGUGGUCCCAGCCAGCCAGUGUGGCUCUCUCAUUGGCAAGGGAGGCUCCAAGAUCAAGGAGAUGAGAGAGUCCACAGGAGCUCAGGUGCAAGUGGCCGGGGACAUGCUACCCAACUCCACAGAGCGCGCUGUGACAAUCUCGGGCACCCCGGACGCCAUCAUCCAGUGUGUCAAACAGAUAUGUGUUGUCAUGCUGGAGUCCCCACCGAAAGGUGCCACCAUCCCCUAUCGCCCAAAGCCUGCCUCCACCCCGGUCAUUUUUUCAGGUGGCCAGGUAAGAGCCGACCCGCUGGCGGCGUCCGCAGCCAAUCUCAGCCUUUUACUGCAGCACCAGCCACUGCCUGCUUACACUAUUCAGGGACAGUAUGCUAUUCCACAUCCAGAUUUGACCAAGCUCCACCAGUUGGCUAUGCAGCAAACCCCCUUUACCCCCCUUGGACAGACCACCCCUGCUUUCCCCGGUCUGGAUGCCAGUCCCCCGGCCAGUACUCAUGAACUCACAAUUCCCAAUGAUCUAAUAGGCUGCAUAAUCGGGCGCCAGGGAACCAAAAUCAACGAGAUCCGUCAGAUGUCUGGAGCACAGAUCAAAAUUGCUAAUGCCAUGGAAGGGUCAUCAGAGCGCCAGAUCACCAUCACAGGAACCCCCGCCAACAUCAGCCUUGCCCAGUACCUCAUUAAUGCAAGGUUCAGAGAUGUGGCAGCCAUGUGGAUUGACCCAUCAUCAAUGACUACAUCCUGAAGCCCCAAAUCUGCUCUCAUUAUCUGAAGCAAACAGCAGCCAUUUUCCCCAUUAACUUUAUAUACCAGACCUCCCUAACUGUCCAGCCUUCCCUGAGCCUCUACCUUUAGAUUAAUCCGUGUAUACAGAAUACUGUAACAGAAUAGGAACGUCCUGUGCUAUGUAGUGUUUCACUAGUGUUUCAGCAUGCUGAAUGAUUCUUCUGGAUUGUCAUUUAUUGUUUUUUGGUUGAUGGAUUAGUUAAAUAUUAUGGAAGCCAUGAACUGCACCAUCCCUUACACUAUGACCCUUAAGACUUAAUGACUCAUCAUUUCAAGAUGUUAUGUCCUUUGUAUCUUGUUUUCUCGUUGUCUUUUUUUGUGUCAAGUUAGUAUCUUCUUAUUUCAAGAUAUUGACUUUUUUUUCUUAAAUUUUCUAAAUUACUUUGUUAGUAUCUCAUUAUUUAAAAAAAAUAUUGUCCUUAUUAUAUUUAAUUAUUGUCAUUGUCUCAAGAUCUCUCAUUAUUUCAAGUUAUUAUUUCAAGAUCUUUAUUUCAAUGUUACAUCUUGUGAUUUGAAGAUUAUGUUAUAAUAAUGACCUUCAUUUGAA